GUCAGUGUCGCCCCGGGCCACGCGGCCCGCCCGAGGGACGCGGAAGGAGAGACCUGGGGCGCCGCGCUGGGGGUACGGGGUCGUGCACGGCCUGAGGGAAGCGAGCGUGACGCCAAGGUGACCGGGCGGAGGAGAAGUGACACUCUGACAGGACCCUGUGUGACUGACAGCCUGACUGGACUCGGCUGAGGGAACGCGAGCGGGCUGAGAAGUCACAUUCUGACAGGACUGCGAGCCAGACAAGGAAUUACCAUGGUUGACACAGAGAUGCCAUUCUGGCCCACCAACUUUGGAAUCAGCUCUGUGGACCUCUCUGUGAUGGAUGACCACGCCCAUUCCUUUGACAUCAAGCCCUUUACCACGGUUGAUUUCUCCAGCAUUUCUGCUCCACACUAUGAAGACAUUCCAUUCGCAAGAGCUGACCCAAUGGUUGCUGAUUACAAAUAUGACCUGAAGUUCCAAGAAUACCAAAGUGCGAUCAAAGUAGAGCCUGCAUCCCCACCUUAUUAUUCUGAAAAGACCCAGCUCUACAACAGGCCUCAUGAAGAGCCUUCCAACUCCCUCAUGGCCAUUGAGUGCAGAGUCUGUGGGGAUAAAGCAUCAGGCUUCCACUAUGGAGUUCAUGCUUGUGAAGGAUGCAAGGGCUUUUUCCGAAGAACCAUCCGAUUGAAGCUUAUUUAUGAUAGGUGUGACCUCAACUGUCGGAUCCACAAAAAAAGUAGGAAUAAAUGUCAGUACUGUCGGUUUCAGAAGUGCCUUGCUGUGGGGAUGUCUCACAAUGCCAUCAGGUUUGGGCGGAUGCCACAGGCCGAGAAGGAGAAGCUGUUGGCGGAGAUCUCCAGUGAUAUCGACCAGCUGAACCCAGAGUCUGCUGAUCUCCGGGCCCUGGCAAAGCAUUUGUAUGACUCAUACAUAAAGUCCUUCCCGCUGACCAAAGCCAAGGCGAGGGCGAUCUUGACAGGAAAGACAACAGACAAAUCACCAUUUGUCAUCUAUGACAUGAAUUCCUUAAUGAUGGGAGAAGAUAAAAUCAAGUUCAAACAUAUCACGCCCCUGCAGGAGCAGAGCAAAGAGGUGGCCAUCCGCAUUUUCCAAGGGUGCCAGUUUCGGUCUGUGGAAGCCGUGCAAGAAAUCACAGAAUAUGCCAAAAAUAUCCCGGGCUUCAUUAACCUUGACUUGAAUGACCAAGUGACUCUGCUCAAGUAUGGCGUCCAUGAGAUCAUCUACACAAUGCUGGCCUCCCUGAUGAAUAAAGAUGGAGUUCUCAUAUCAGAGGGCCAAGGGUUCAUGACCAGGGAGUUCCUCAAAAGCCUGCGGAAGCCCUUUGGUGACUUUAUGGAGCCCAAGUUUGAGUUUGCUGUGAAGUUCAACGCACUGGAAUUAGAUGACAGUGACUUGGCCAUAUUUAUAGCUGUCAUUAUUCUCAGUGGAGACCGCCCCGGCUUGCUGAACGUGAAGCCCAUCGAGGACAUCCAAGACAACCUGCUGCAGGCCCUGGAGCUCCAGCUCAAGCUAAACCACCCUGAGUCCUCGCAGCUGUUCGCCAAGGUGCUCCAGAAGAUGACAGACCUCAGGCAGAUCGUCACAGAGCACGUGCAGCUACUGCAUGUGAUCAAGAAGACGGAGACGGACAUGAGCCUUCACCCCCUGCUCCAGGAGAUCUACAAGGAUUUAUAUUAGCAGAGAAGUCCUCCCCGCUGACAGUGUGUUCCUUCUUCUUUCGAUUGCACUAUUAUUUUGAGGGAAAAAUCUGACACCUAAGAAAUUUACUGUGAAAAAGCAUUUUAAAAACGAAAGGCUUUAGAACAUGAUCUAUUUUAUGCAUAUUGUUUAUAAAGAUACAUUUACAAUUUACUUUUAAUAUUAAAAAUUACCACAUUAUGAAAUUGUUUAUAGUAUUUA